GCUAUGGGGUCCUCACAGGAGCAGCUUCCCUGGCCCCUGGGCAGCACCCCAUCCAAACAGUGGGGCUUCGUCCGGGGGGAGGCUUUGGGUGCCAGGAGGGAGGCCGGACUGGGUGGCCCCUGUGACGGCUCGCGGCUGGCACCGGCCACAGACAAGAGGAAUCGUGCCCGCGGGGUGAAGCGGAGCCUGUGGGCAGAGCCCGGUCGCAACAGCUGGAGACGGAGCCGAGCCGGCCCCACCGCACCGCAUCCCAGAACUGGGAGCCUGGCCGGCAGCAAGGGCGAGCCAAGACCCGAGAAUGCAGCCCGGGAGCGGAGCCGGGUACGGACACUGCGCCAGGCUUUCCGGACGCUGCAGGCGGCUCUGCCCACGGUGCCACCCGACACCAAGCUCUCCAAGCUGGAUAUCCUGGUCCUGGCCACAAGUUACAUUGCCCACCUUACCCACGCCUUGCGCCAAGAGCCGCCUGACCCGGCCGGGCCUCCGCUCCGGCGGGGACCCCAGUAUCUGCAUCCCAUGAAGAAGUGGCCGAUGCGCUCUCGUCUCUACGGUGGAGCCCUGGGGACCCUUGGUCUUGACCUUCCAGUGGUCACUGCUUCUGGGCAGAGGCAGUGGGGCCCAGAGGACGGCCUCCAAGUCUGUGGGGAGUUGAUGGAAGUCGUUCCUCCUAGAACCAUCUCACCAGCGCUUAGUUGCAAAUGACGGCAAUUGGAUCCCAGAGACGAUCCCUACCCUCUUCCCCUGUGCUGGCCUCCCCUCGCCCCACCUGGGACUCCAAGCCUCCCAGCCCACCUCACGGUAUGCCCCCGGCCCUGUGAGUCCACAGGCCCAGCUGUUUCAGAAGCAGUGAACCUGCAAAAGAUGGUGGGCCGCCCGUGAGGCACAGCUACCUAUGUUUUCUUGGGCUGGGGGAAGUCCGGUCCUGUUGCCUAGAUUGGGACCGUGUGAAACCUCCACCCUGCCCACUGACCUUCUCUAAUUCCUGAAUCCACCCUCAGAGAGCGGUGAACACGAUCCCAAAAGUCGAAAGGGAAACAGGGCCAAGGGAAGAGGAGGAGGGGGGCCAGCCAACUGGCCUAUGAGCCUUUCAACUUGUCAAGAUCACACAGUGGACAUCUCCGAAAGAUCUGAGGAGCCCCAUGGUAGCUCUGAGGAAUUAAGAAUAGGCGAGGGGAAGGCUUAUCUGUGCACACUUGUGUCUGUGAUAUGAGGCCAAAGGUUCUCCAGGCAGCCACUGGAACCCCCAAGGAGGAUGGGCAAGAGAAACAGUGUGCCUCAGUGGAAAGAGCCCGGGGGU